CAGUACUCAGCGCUCUGCAACUAGCCAUGGCGUUUAAGCUCUUCAUCAUCGCCGCCCUUGUGGUCAUGACUGCCGGCCGCCCAGAAUUCGACAGCCCAUCCUACCCCGCCCACGCCCACGCAGCCCCAGAGGAUCCCGUCCGCUACGACUUCAGCUACGGCGUGAACGACGCGUAUUCGGGGACGCCCCACGGACACGAAGAAUCCCGAGACGGACAGUUCACGAAGGGCAUCUACUACGUACAGCUUCCCGACGGACGCCUGCAGCAGAUCACGUACACGGUCGAUGGGGAUUCUGGCUUCCUGGCUGAGCUGAAGCACUGAGGCUUCUGUGUAGGGGGGGGGGGGUUGUCUGUUUUAUUGUUUGAGGUACAGUGGCUGUGGUGAGAAGGAUGUAUUGUGUGGUUUUAUUUUGGAGUUGAUGUAGUUGAGUCUAUUAAAAGAUGUAUUUUGA